UGAGCGAGCCGGGCUAAAGCCAUGCGGCGCUCGCAGCUGCUCCGAUCCCUAAGGUUGCUGCGCGCUGGAGGAGGAGAAGGAGGAGGAGACAGAGGAGGACGCGACGGCAGCUGCAGGAGGGGGACAGGCUCUCGGCUGCAGGCUAUGCGCUGCUUGAGCUGGCUCCUGGUGCUUGCGCUGCCCACUGCUUGCGCGGCGCUGCGGUCCCCCACGGUCUAUACCAAUCACUGGGCUGUGGAAGUGCUCGGAGGGCCAGCCGAGGCGGACCGAGUUGCCUCGGCUCACGGGUAUCUGAACUUGGGACAGAUUGGAAACCUAGAGAACUAUUACCAUUUUUAUCACAGCAAAACAUUUAAAAGAUCAACCUUCAGUAGCAGAGGCACCCACACCUUCCUCAGAAUGGAUCCAAAGGUGAAAUGGCUACAACAACAAGAAGUUAAACGGAGAGUGAAGAGACAUGCUCGAAGUGAUGCACAUUCCAUUUAUUUCAAUGACCCAAUAUGGUCCAACAUGUGGUACAUGCAUUGUGGGGAUAAGCACAGUCGCUGCCGAUCCGAAAUGAACGUCCCUGCAGCAUGGAAAAGAGGCUACACGGGAAAAAAUGUGGUGGUGACCAUUCUGGAUGAUGGAAUAGAGAGGAAUCACCCAGAUCUAGCAGCUAAUUACGAUGCCUAUGCAAGUUAUGAUGUCAAUGGAAAUGAUUAUGAUCCUUCUCCACGUUAUGAUGCCAGCAAUGAAAAUAAGCAUGGUACUCGCUGUGCUGGUGAAGUUGCUGCCUCAGCAAACAAUUCCUAUUGCAUAGUGGGCAUUGCAUACAAUGCAAAGAUAGGAGGCAUUCGUAUGUUAGAUGGCGAUGUAACAGAUGUUGUGGAAGCGAAGUCACUUGGCAUCAGACCCAAUUACAUUGACAUUUACAGUGCGAGCUGGGGGCCAGAUGAUGAUGGGAAGACGGUGGACGGUCCUGGCCGCUUGGCCAAGCAAGCUUUUGAGUACGGCAUUAAAAAGGGUCGCCAAGGCUUAGGCUCCAUCUUUGUCUGGGCUUCAGGAAAUGGAGGAAGAGAAGGUGACUACUGCUCUUGUGAUGGUUACACCAAUAGCAUAUAUACUAUUUCUGUCAGUAGUACCACAGAGAAUGGUUAUAAACCUUGGUAUCUUGAGGAGUGUGCUUCUACACUGGCUACAACCUACAGCAGUGGAGCAUUUUAUGAAGGAAAAAUUGUUACCACUGAUUUACGUCAGCGCUGUACUGAUGGCCACACAGGGACCUCUGUGUCAGCACCCAUGGUGGCUGGCAUUAUUGCCUUGGCUUUAGAAGCAAACAACCAAUUAACAUGGAGGGAUGUUCAGCAUCUGCUUGUGAAAACAUCCAGGCCAGCUCAUCUGAAAGCAAGUGACUGGAAAGUAAAUGGAGCAGGUCACAAAGUUAGCCAUCUGUAUGGAUUUGGCUUGGUGGAUGCAGAAGGUAUUGUAGUCGAAGCUAAGAAAUGGAAGGCUGUACCCUCUCAGCAUAUGUGUAUUGCAGCAUCAGACAAAAGACCCAGGAUUAUUCCCAUUGAGCAAACUCUUCGGACAACAGCCCUAACAAAUGCAUGUGCAGACCAUUUUGACCAACGAGUGGUUUUCCUAGAGCAUGUUGUAGUCCGAGUUUCUAUCUCACACCCACGGCGAGGAGACCUUCAGAUUCACCUGAUUUCUCCCUCUGGAACCAAGUCUCAACUUUUGGCAAGGAGACUACUUGACCAUUCAAAUGAUGGAUUUACAAACUGGGAAUUUAUGACUGUACACUGCUGGGGAGAAAAAGCUGAAGGAGAAUGGACUUUAGAAGUCCAUGAUAUACCUUCCCAGGUCCGUAAUCCAGAGAAAACAGGGAAAUUGAAAGAAUGGAGCCUUAUUUUAUACGGAACAGCUGAGCACCCUUACAAUACAUUUAGUUCUCAUCAAUCUCGGUCAAGGAUGCUGGAGAUUUCAACACCAGAACUUGAACCAUCCAAAGCUGCUUUUUUUCAUAAACAAGUGGAGGCCACAGAAGAUGAUGAAGAUUAUACAGCUCCUUCCAUCCAAGGCUCUCCUAAUAUUUUACAGACAAGUGCGUGUCAUCCAGAAUGUGGCGACAAAGGGUGUGAUGGACCAAAAGCUGACCAGUGCUUGAACUGUAUCCAUUAUAGUCUCGGAAGUAUCAAAACUGGCAGGAAAUGUGUGAAUGUUUGUCCUUUGGGAUACUUCGGUGAUUCUAUAUCAAAAAGGUGUCGAAGAUGUAGUAGGGGAUGUGAGACCUGCACAGGCAGGAGUCAGAAUCAGUGCCUGUCCUGUCGACGUGGCUUCUACUAUCAUCAAGAAUUGAACACCUGUGUGACUUUGUGUCCAGCUGGCUUUUAUGCAGAUGAAAGUCAGAAAUAUUGCUUUAAAUGUCAUCCAAACUGUAAAAAAUGUGUUGAUGAACCAGAAAAAUGUACCAUAUGCAAAGAAGGAUUCAGUCUAGCAGGAGGUAGCUGCAUUCUAGAUUGUGCACCAGGCACAUAUUUCAAUUCCGAAUUGAUCAAAUGUGAGAAGUGCCAUUCUACCUGUCAAACAUGCGUAGGACCAGGCAAAGAAGAAUGUAUCUAUUGUGUCAACAAUUUUAAAAUCCAUGAGAAGAAAUGUGUUCCGGGCUGCAAUGAAGGAUUUUAUUUUGCCAAGGUGCCAGGUUUCCUACAGAAAGUGUGUGCAAGAUGUGAAGAAAAUUGUUUACAUUGUGAAGGCUCCAGCAAGAAUUGUGUCAAGUGCAAAACUGGUUUCAUGCUGCUUGGAAACACAUGUGUAGCAAAUGAUACCUGCAGCAAUGCUGCUGAAAUGUUUUGUGAAAUGGUGAAAUCGAACAAUCUCUGUGAGCGGAAGCUCUUCACACAACUUUGCUGUCGGACAUGUCUUCUGGCUGGAUAGGAUGAUUCAGUGUCUGCAUCCAAGAAAGAGUUCGUCCUGCAAGUCCAGUUUAGCCCAACCUUUAGGACAAAGUAUUUUUCAGUUUGGGGAAAAUUUUCAUAUAGUGCCAUUGAAGAUGCUUUUUUAAUGUUUGACAGUUUUAAUCUCACCAUGAACUUUUUUUUCUUUAGCAUUGUCUCUUUUUUAACACAAGAAGGAGUUUUGUUACUGUAGUGAAAGUCUCAAAGGGUAGUUUUUGAAAUGGUGAUAUUAAUUCUUUCAAACAUGGGGUCCCCUUAGCUGCAAUGGGUAUAUAAUUUGUACCUUGGCCAUAUUAGCCAAAUCCCCUUAACAGACUCAAAAUGGAAAAGCUGAAAAUUUAAAGAUUUCAUGCUCAGGACUCAUAACAGCAUGUAGGAAAAUGGGUUAACUGAAUCUCCAGAACCAAAGCAGGAAGGGAAGAAAUCUAAUAUAAAAGGUGUUUUUCCCCACCUUGUGCUAUUGGAUGGCAUCAUUGUAAAUCUAAAUAGAGUAACUAAAAGAGUAGAAUACCUUUGUGUUCUAGCCACAUAUACAGUGAAGAAUUGGAUAAAUCACAAACUAGAAUGUCAGGCAAAAAAAUUAAAUUGGCCAUUUGAAGAGCUCAAAUAUGUUGUAGUUUUGGCCAUGUGUUUUAUGAUCUCUGAGGAUAGAGUUUCUAUUUCUACUUACUAAAGCUAAUUCUGAAAAUGCUAUUAAUGGGAUCACCCAUUCAAAUCCAAAAGCUAAUCAGAAGAUUCUUACUUUUUCCAUAGAACUCUACUACUGAGUUCAGUUUGCCACAUUAUUCAUAUUGCUGCAGAUCUUCUUUCAAUAGGGUUUUUUUUUAAUUUUUAAAUCUCAGUAAAGCCAGUUUACUUGUAUUAGUACAAUUCUCUGAUAAAAUCUUCCACUGGAUGACAAGUAUCUUAGGCAUUCUAAUGAAUAAGCCAAGAAAAACCCUAAUUAUACUAAGCAACUUUGUAAAGCAAAUCCAACCCUUCAGUAACUUUUUAAAAGAAUCAAUUGUUUGUGGAAUUGCUUUUAAAAUAUAUUUGGUGACAUUUAUUUUCAGUAACUUAUGCAGUUGUGGGGUUUUUUUUCAGUAGAUGUGUUUUUUUUUUUUAAAGGCAAAUGGACACAUUUUUGCGUGUACUAUGGGCCUAUAUGGACAAAGAAUGACUUAUUCUUCUAUGAAACAUUUGUGGAUAUCAUUUUUUUUAGCUGUGUAUUCUAAUUUUUGCCAAUGUUAAUUAUUUUGAAAAGUGUUAUUCCAUAUUUUUGCAGUGAGAUGCACAGAUCUGCUUUAUCAAUUCAUUUUAUUAUGGAAAUAACAGGAUUUUGCCUUAAAUUUUCUUUGAAUAGCAUUUUUUUUUGCCACUUUUCCUUACUCUCUUCUUCCAUCUCUAAUGUACUGGCCUUUUUCUCCAUAAGCAGAUGAAAACCAUGGAUCAGCAACCAAAAAUCCCCCCAAAACAAAAACAAAGCAAAGAGAAUAAAAUUCUAAGCACUAUUAAUAAAAACAAUUAACAUCCCAUAAUAAAAGAAUUUGUAUUUCUUUCUAAUUCACCAACUUUUUUUUUAAGUUAUUGACCACUGUAUGAAAUGGAAGCAUAUAGUUAACUUUAUAUAUGAUAUCUAGUUUUAUCUACAUACAAAAUUUGCACCUCUUUUAUGAAAUAUUGAAGUUGUUUGUGCUUUGUUUUUAAAGAAGGCCAUGACAUCAGGAAGAUGAUGCCAUGACAUGUAAGUGAAUUGGAUUUAAAUGAGGAAAGGCUUUGCAAGGUUACCUGCCUCACUUUCUCCUCUACAGCCACCUGGGUCCAUUAUGAAAAUAAAGUUGUAAAGUUGAAAAGCCUAGUUCUAAAGUAUUACUUAUGAAAAAAAUUAAGGAUAAAGAAAUAAGGGGAAAAGAAAAUGAUUUAACUUUAUUGUGAAAAUAGUCAGUCAUAGGUUGAGUUAUGAGGUUUGAAACAGCAUAUAGCACACUACAGACUGGGGAGUGGGAGGGAAUGGAGGGAUCUUACAAGGAAAGAAGCUCUUCCUUAUCUCUGUACUCAAAUGUGUUGAAGGAAAACUAAUUUUGCUUCCAGCACUAUCAGAUUUAGCUCAAGUUCUAGACUCUCUCCCAGCACUUACUUGCACUUGUCAGGUUGAUUCCUCAGAACUCAAAAACUACCUUAAGGAUCUAGGGUUAGCUUUGAAGGGAUGUUUUUCUAAUACUAUAGCUCAUUAGCCUCAAUUGUUGCAUUUUCUCAAUUUUUAUCAAUUAAUUCUAAUUAGUUAGACUUAGAAAUAUCUUCUAGAAAAAAUAUUUAUUAAGGUGGUAUAGUAAGAAAAAUAAGUACAAAAUAUGUCCUCUACCCUCCCAAAAAGUCUGUAACAUCCUCUUCAACAAAGUAAUAUAGAUUCCAGGAGAAAGAUGGUUUAAGUUUAGGGAGCACAUUUGGCUGAGAGUUAACUUAUAGCUCUUAAAAGUUUUUUGUUUUUUUUUUAAGUCCUCAAGAUGCCGCCCUUAGAUAUAGUGUAGUUUUUUUUGCUGGGUUUCUUGAAUCUCCUUUUUAAAAAUCAUAUUUAGUUUGUUCUUAUCUCCUGAUGCAGAUACUAUCAUUGGCCAUUACUGUCCCUGGGACCCUGCUAACUGAUAGAAAAGUCCAAAUCCUCCAGCCUUCCAAAGAUAAUGAGAUUCUCCUUUGGAAAAUCAGGAGAUAGAAGUAAAACAGAUGGAAACUAAGGCUGAGGCCAGCACUUUUCUCUUCAAUACCUCCAAGCAAUUCCCUCUCAGACGUUUGGCUAUAAAAAUUCAACCCAAGCCAUCAUAUCUUUAAAUCUUUGGAUUCCAAAAUGGUCUGAUAUUUUAUGGAUGAUCUAGAGAGAGUGACCAAGUUUUCUUAACUUUCAACACAAUAUCACUUCUUUUUAUUUAGUGACUAAAUUGAUCAAAUAUUUUUCCAUACUUAUUCUAAAAUCUAUAAUUGACUACAUAGAUUUGUGUGGCCCUUGUUCAUAUUUAAUUCACAACUCUAAUCAUAUUACUCAGUGAUAGAUAGACAUCAGAGUGUAGCAUUACAUGGGUGAGGCAACUGAUGCACUCAAUCAACCACCAUCCUAACACUGGAAAUAUUGCAUCUGUAUUUCUUUAGGUGUAAUUUCAAAAUUCAUCAAGUCACUGUGCAAAUAUGGGGUAAUUCAAUUACAGUUCAAUUACAAAUCUGACAAUAGGAUUCAUGUUUAUGAACCAAAUUUUUAACAUGCAUAUGUAAUUUAACACAUGUUAUUAGCUUCUGAGCUUAUAACUUUAAUGGGUAAUAAUGUACAAUCCAAGAAUAUGAUACCAACAUUAGAAAUCAUCUCCUCUAGUUUUUCUCUAUAUCAAAUAUCCAAUGAGAAAGGGACCAAUAUUAUUGAAAAAAUAAUUAACAUCUUCAGUGUCUUCACAGAGAGACCUGUGGGUAGCUUCCAAUACAACAAUCCAAUUAUAUUUAUUAAACACCCAUUAAGUGAAAGAGGCUGUGAUUAGCACACAGGAUACAAGAAGAGAGAGAAGAGGGAAAGAAGAGAAAAAUAUUAUUCAAGAUUUUCUACUUGAAUGAGCAUAGUAGUACACUUAACAGAAAUAAGGAGUUUGUUGAGGAGUACAUCUCAGAGGGGUAGCCUACCUAUCACUCACGUGGGUCACUUAAAAAGCUCUAAAAAUAUAGGGACUGGCAAUCAGUUCAUUGAUGAGAAAAUGAUAUUUAGGAAAAAAUUUAAAAGAUAGUAUGUCAUGGGGCUUAUAUUUAGGCCCCAAAUGCUGAGUCAAUGUCCCUGUGUCUCUGGUCAACUCCAUCCAUAAAAAUAAUACUGAAAAAACCCAAGGACCAAGGUGGAAAUGAUGUAGGUGACUGCUAGAUAGAGAAUCUGGAAGCAAAAUGCUAAAGGUAGUUAAAGAAGCCUUUCUCAUGCUUGCCUCCAUUGACUCUAUUCUACCUUUCCACUAACAAAGAACAAGCUGUGAAGAAUGAUUAUCUCAAAUAAUCUUACAAAUGAGCUAUCCAUGAGGAGAAUUAUUCAAAAAGCAGGCAAGAUGCUUCAUUCCAUGACAGAACAUCAGGUUAAAAACAAACAAACAAAAAAAAAAAAAAAAAAAAAACAGUGUCAUCAAGAGCUGAACCAAGUUCCUGAAUUUCCCAACUAAUUGGACUUUGACCUUUCUAGAAGAUAUGAUUAGAAAAGUUAAGUGAGAAACACGUAUUAGCAUUCAAAGAGAAUAUGAGUCGAAGCACUUUGAACUUUGGCCAAGAACACAAAUGAAAGAUAUAUCUCUAAACUGAUUUAACAAAGGUAAGAUUUGAAUAGAGUAAUGGGCACACAGAUUGUUGUUUUAGUGUAUUUGAUUUCAUUCGUUUGCUUUUAUAAUAAUAAGUACUGUAUACAAUCAAGCCAUUUUCUAUGGUCAGUUCCAUUGUGCUAUAUGCUAUGUGACUGAGGUCUAUUGAAGUGCAACAGAGAAAGGAAGAGAUAGAUAUUUUCUGGUGAGUACAUAGGAUUCUUAACUGACCACACUCCUGGAUGAAUGAAGAGAGAGAAAAUAAUAAGAACCAGGCUAUGCAGGUCACUUGCCUUUUGAAAACUAGAGAGAACUUGUCCUUUCCUCCUGACACCCUUUGGUACUGGAUGGAAUACAUAACCAACCCCUAGAAUAAGUACAAGUUUGUGAAUACGAGGCUUUCAUUAAUGAAAAGGGUCUGGGAACUGAGCAGGAGCACCACUUAGUGGCUGGAAAUAAAAAUACAAUGAGUUCUGGCACUGAUUAAAAUUAGGUAGUCUUUCUAGCAUUAAAACCAGAAGUCAGUAAUUAUCUGUUGAUUUUCAGUCAAAGAAGCAAGGGAUUAAAAGGAACAUUAUAGAUCAUUCAACAAGCAUUUCACUUCAACAAAUAAGUAUCAAGUGUCUACUAUAUGCAAGUAUGUGUUAGUCAAUGAAAUACAAAAACAAAAAUGAUAGUCCUUGUACUUAAGGAGAUUACCUUUUUUAAGGGUGUGGUGAAUAUAAAAUGUGUACACAGAUAAGUAUAAUGCAAGACAGAAAGUGAUUACAACAGGAAACAUCUAGACAAAAUCCUUUUUAAAAAUUUGAAGAGAGAAUAUUUUUAACUUUAUGCAAUCCCACUGAAAAAGUAUUGACCCAGUUAUUUGAGACUUGUAAGGUCAAACAAUUAAUGAAAGAACUAGACCAAGAAUCCGAGUUAGUCCACUGUUAUGACCUGCCACCUUAAUCUUUAUAUUUAUGCUGUAUUUUUAUAUGCAUCUGUCUCUUCCACUAUAGCAUAAGCUCCUUGCAAAUAGAGAUGGUUUCAGGCUUUGUAUUUGUGCUCCUUAGUACAUGGUAGGUAUUUAAUAAGUACUUGUAGGGAAGAGUUGCUGUAUGCAUAGCACAAAUGGAUCCCACAUGUAUAGUGAGGACCACACUACUGUGUUGUUGGGAGGGAGAUUUUCAUUCUUGUUAAGAGAGAAAGGUUAUGCUUACAAGCCUCUCUGCUCUCCUCAGAGAGAAGGGGAUUCCAGGAUAGAACUUUAUCUAUUUGCUUUCUUAAAUAUUAUUAUUCUAGGAGAUAUAACUAGAUUCAUGAUAACUUCUAAUCAGAAAAGAAAGGACCCAAGUUCCAUAUCCAAAACUUGACCCUUUUCCCACUAAAUACCAGUUCCACAGGGAAUACACAGAGAAUAGGAAAGAAGUCCACUUAUCCAAAUCAUAGGAAAAUAGAAAUUAAAGAGUGUAUACUUAGGAGAAUAAAUGCCUGACAUUACAGAGUGAAGAAGCCCAGUAACUCAGCUCACCUAAGAAUGUCCUUGAUUUCACACAAGGGGAACCUCCCUAUAUUCUCUAGAGUCCAGCUCCUUAAACCAUGGUUCACAACCCCAUGAGGGAUCUCAUAACUGAAUGUGAAGGAUCACAAAACUAUUAUUUGUUAUCAAUAAAUGUUUGAUUUGUAUCCUUAUUUUUAUAUAUUUGAGAUCAUGUAAAUAUUUCUCAGGCAAAAAAGGGUAGCUAGUGGGAAAAGUUUAAGAAGUCCUGCUCUAGAGUUGCAAGCUGGCAAUAAGGACAUGAUGGAAACUGCCAGUUCCUCUCAUGUCAUCCUGUAAUUUUUUCCUUCAAUAUCCUUAAAUGGGGUUGGCAGAAGCCCCAGUGCAACUCAAAACAAGUCUCAAAAAUGACUCAAAAUUUGAUAAAAUUUGAUUAAAAAAAGCUUGCCCUGAAGAGUCCCAAAAUGGACUCAAAAGAGACUAGUGAAGAAAUGAAGCUCCCUGAGUUCUCACUAACUCCACUCCACCCCUCAUGCAGAAUAGGGCCUUCAUCUCUACCAAUUAGGAGAGAGUUCCAUACUGAUUGAAUGGAAAAGAUGUCACCUCAUAUAGCCAUAGUUCUAAUGAGAGAGUCAAGUAUUUUUCAAAUCCCACCAACAUUUAUUAAGUACUUAAUUAUAUGCAGGGCAUUGAAUCAGGUUAUGGAGAUGCAAAAACAGGAAUGAACAAUAUAGUCUUUACUCUAGAUCAUCAAUAACAGUGGAAAUAAUAAAUGUUCUGUGGAACAAUUGUUUCCAGAAGAACAAAGGAUCUUAGUAUCAUAGAACUAUAGUAUGAAGAAAUGGACCCAGGGAGGUUGUGACUUAUUGAAGGUCAUACAGGUAAUAAGCAUAAAAAAAAAAUCAAAUUGGGACUUAUAUCCUCUGGUUUUGGAACUAGUUCCUCAAAAAGUUGGGGUGAGGGGAAAAGAGAAUAAAGAAAAGAAAGAGAAGAUGAAAAAGCGGGGACCCUAAAAUUUCAAAUCCAUUUUAAAUUUUAAGUCUUCUCUUAAACUCUAAAUUUCUGCUUCAUCUCUAAUGAGGAGUAUAAUCCCACAUCUUCACAUUCUAUUUAGUACAUAUUUCUAUUUUUCUCUCUUCAUCUUUCCUCAUAUCUCACUACAACCACCACAGUACAAAUCUUCAUUGUUGACAGCAGAGAAUCACCAUCAAACACUAAAGAAAGUUAAUCUUUUUGUUUUUUAGGGUUCCUCUUAAUUCAUUUCCCCCAUUGAAAUUUAAACAGGAAUCAGCCAUAGCUACUCCAGCUUCAUUUUGAAGUAAUUUUACCAAUUAGAUGAAACGCCUCAUUAUAUUGUAUUGGUAAUAGGAGAUAAAGAAGUUUUUCAUUUUUUUCAGGAAAAUUCUAUACAGAGAUAUUAAUCUUUGCUAACAGAGUACUUAAGAAAUGGAAAUCCAAAGAAGAAAUUAUUUCCAAAGCUAUUUUAUUUUUGCCAAAAAGAGAUGAAGAAAACCAGCUGUGAGGCAGUGUUCAUUUGCCAUGGAAUAAAAAAUGUACAUUUUUCCACAAAUAAAUAAAUGUCAUACUGUUCA